CCAGACUUUAGUCAUUGGUGUUGCUUUGGUGCAUAAAUGAACUUCGUGUCGUUAAAGUGUUUACUUUGGUGUUUAAUUUAUUAAACAUUAGUUAAAGUGUUAUAUAUUUUCACGUACCUAAUUUAUACAUCAUAUCAUAGAUCCUAAAUACUACAUUAAUAUGUGCAUUAGAUGAGUAGCAACAUAUACCUGAUAUGACAGACUCAUAUGAGCCUUGACGUGCAAAUUGGUCAGAUCGUGAGGUAGUAAGUUUUCUUGAGGCGUGUACAACAGAAUCAUUGCAAAUGCAUCGCAAAAACCAAGCAUUUAGUACUGGGGACUAGAAAGUAAUUGAAAAAGAAAUGUCAAAAACUAGAAUGUCAUACUUUGUCAAGCAACUCUGAUGAUGAAUGGUGGGCUCGGGAUCGGAAGUCAAUGGAAAACAAAGAAAUCGCAAUAUUUAAAACAGUUAAAGGACAGCAUGCAUGUUAUGCAGCUAAAAUUUUGGAGGAAGAAGUUUAUGUUUACAUACUAGAACAACUGACACAAAAUAUUCAUGAAAUGAGACAGUUUAGUGAGUCUGAUUUCAUGGCUUAUUUAAAUAAUGUAAAGGAAACUGGAUUCCUAGAUGAUGCUUUACUUGAGCCCAUGGGGAUGUCAUUAGAUGCGAUUGACAGUAGUGGUAAGAGGAAGCACGAUGUUGGACCUGGAGAAAGUGCUAGUAGUGGUUCUGUAGCUAAGAAGUGAAAGAUGACUAGUAAAGGUAAAGGAAAACAGAAAGUUGCUCACUUGGAAUCGGAAUUACA